AUGAUUGAUUACUACUAUUGCUACACAAAAAAAAAAAGUAACAUUAGAGAAAAGUGCAAUUUCACAAAAUCGAAGAGCCAAAUAAUUGGAAGGAUAGAACAAAAUGAAGAGUUAAAAAAAAGUUAUAUGUAUAAAGAGAAUAUAUACUAUAAUGAUGAUAAUAUAAAAAAGUUCAGUGAACAUUAUGUAAAUAUCGAAAGUGUAAAAUUAGAAAAUAAAUUUUUCUAUCAUAAUGAAGGGGGAUGGACAAAAGAUGUAGACAUUAGUGAACAGCAGAAUAAAGUAAAAUAUAUUAAAAGAUUAGAUAAGGAUAUAAAUAUGAUUAACAGUUUAAAAAUUUUGAUGAAUGAAACUACAAAAAUUUUGAAUAAAAAUAAUAGCAUAAAAAUUUAUGAAGAAUAUUUUCAAAAUGAUUUACAAAAUGAAGAAAAUUUUAAAAUAAAGUCCUUGUUAAUUAUUAAAGAUAAAGUAAGAAAAUAUCCAAGAUAUGUUACAUCUAUUAAAUGGUCUACUGACAAUACAUACAAAUUAGCUAUCUCUUACUGUGUCAAUUAUUAUCAAAAAAUAUUAAAUAAUUCUCCAAAAAAUUGUUUACUUUACAAUUUAAACCAAAUUAAUAACCCUUACCAAAUCUUGUAUUCAAAAACUUUUAUCAAAUGUUUACGAUUUAAUCAUAAAAAUUCAGAUUUGCUCCUUGCUGGUUCCUAUGACGGUACUGUAAAUCUGUGGGAUUUACGCAAAAAAAAUAACUUGUGUGAAUCUUCUCCUAAUCAUGCUAGUCAUAAAAACAUUGUGCAUGAUGUCAUUUGGCUACAAACAAAAACAAAUAAUCACUGCUUGUCAGUGUCGAAUGAUGGGUUGUGUUUACUAUGGGAUAUUCGAAAUUUUUCUGAACAUAUAGAAUCUUUUCAUUUGCAUAAAGAUAGUGGAGAAGUUUGCCAAUUGGUUGAAACAUCUAACUUAGAUGUAGAUAUGUUGAAAAAUUCCAAUGGAAGUGUGAAUAUAGCUAAUUUGGGGAAUAGUGCCAAGCACAAAAAAACUGAUCAUCAGCUAGCCCCCAGAGGAGAGGGAAAUUCAACAGCCAGUUUUAGUCCAUCUCCAGAAAUUAUAACAAAUGAAACAAGUAGUGAUUUGUCUCCAUAUUCCUCCAAUCCAUGCUACAGUGCAAACUGUCUCGAAUGGAAUUUAGAAGCAGGCCCAUCUAAGAUCUUAGUUGGGACAGAAGAAGGGUAUGUCUUAUCUGUAUCGAAGAGACAAGGAAAGAAUUUGGAGUUGCUUCAAAAAUAUGGUGCAUCAAAUGAAAAACAUUUAUCCAGUAUUACAAGCAUAAAGAGAAUCCCCAUAAAUUUGAAGUAUUUUCUAUCAACAGAUAAAUGGGGUUUUAAUAUAUGGUCUGAAGAUAUUAAAUUUCCUAUAAUUUCUAAUUAUUACAAUGAGUGUGUGAUUAACAAAGGGUUAUGGAUAUAUGAUUCUUCUUUCUUUAUGUUAGUAAGAAAAGAUGGAUACAUAGAUUUUUGGAAUCUACUUUAUAAUUUUAAUGAACCUAUUAUUAAACAUAAAAUAUGCAAUUGUUCAAUCACAGAAAUAGAUGCACAUGUAAAUAAUAAAUAUGUAUCCAUUGGAAAUGAACAAGGAGAUAUUCACAUAUUAAAAUUGGGAAACAGUUUUUGUAAAAAUACUAGUGAAGAAAAAAAUGCCUUAGACGAGCUAUUUGAGCGUGAAUCUAAGAGGGAAAAAAAUCUAGAAUACAUUCGAAAGCAACUUAAUUGUUCUAAGAAGAAAAGGGAAUGUCUGAAUGUUCAGGAUGUACAAAUAAUGGAUGACGUGGUUCACAAAACGGAGCAAGAGUAUCAGUCUUUACUUUGA